CCGCUAUUUUGCCUCUGUAAAGAUGGCCGGUAAGGUAACGUUUUUUGAUUCGAGCUUAAGUUUUCCUUCUAAUCGCAACAAACAAGGAUUUCAGUCCGCCUCACCCGAUACACCAAGGUUUGCACCUCUAUCAAAGGCACAGCAUGAGCUCGACGGUUCCGCGCAGGCGCAGGAUCAGAUCAGUCGCUGCUUUAAUAAACUCAGAUCACUCAGACCAUCUGACAGCGCGACUCUAAAAACUGAGCUCAAUUUACUGUUCGACCAGCUCAUCUCAGAAAACUACAGCAGCGGCAAUCAUGACAACAUUCAUCCAGAGGUUGUUUGUGAGAUUCUUCUGCAUGCCAGCCGUCUGGUUCCUCUCAGCCAAGAGCAUCUUAUUAUCAAACUGUGCCAGCUGAUUCAUCAACUUCUAAACCAGCUACAGGUAAUAGUGGAUGAGCAUACGCUGGAUGUUCUGGUAUCAUACUGCUCACGUGCUCUGCGAACAUGCAGCUCAUGGACUCACCCGGAAGUGUUGCUUGCCCUCUCAUCACUAGUGUACGGCAAUGGAUCCAGAUGUCACAGGCAUCUUCCAGAGCUCCUUGGACUGAAUGGAAUUCUGGUAAACUACGGUGACCAUAGCCAGCCUGACAUAGAGUUACGUCGUUCUGCCGUGCAUUGCAUAGCAAAUCUAUGUCUCAGUGUUCCUGGUCAGCCGUAUUUAGAGGAGCCAUAUAAAGGUGUAUGCUAUAGAAUCAUCCUGCGGACACUACAGACCCCCAAACCACCUGAUGUGGAGGACAUUGUCUUCUGUACAUUAUUGCAGAGUGCUCUGAAGGGAAUGCAGUAUUUCCUCAAUGGUGGAAAAUGGAAAGCCGUUCCAAACCAGGAUUUGGGCACCUUAUUAGCUGUGCUCAAAAGAUUCAUGUUCUACGGGCUGCCGGGAAUAAGUGUGGAAAUGCCACAGGUGUUGUACCCAGCUCCACUCCCUCAGUAUGAGACUAUUCCCGCUGCAAAACCUGAACCUUCACAAGACUCGAGUGCACAGAAAAAAACAUUUGGGUCCCAACAGAAUAAGAAGCGCAAGUCUCGUGGGAAAGGAAAGAAAGCUGGAGCUGAGGGAAAGAAGGAUGAAGAGGAGGGAGAGGGUGACCACUUCUCUGGGCCUCUUAAAACUAGAGGAGGUGUAGUGGAUCAGGGUGGUUGGUCACUUGGCUCACAGUCCGCUAGUGUGACGUCCCCAUCAGGAGCGACUCCACAAUUCUACCCUUCCUGGAAGAAAGGAAGCUCUGAUUCUGAAUUCUCCGACCCUGAAGGAGGAUUGCAAUCUAAGCUCAGGUUGUACCAAGCACGUGUGCGGCAGAGUGCGCUUCAGUGUUUCCUGGCUGUGGUUAAAUGUGUUGAGAAACGAAUCCUCUACGGCUACUGGUCUUCCUUUGUUCCAGAUGCUCCUGGGAUUGGAGGCCCACCUCCCCUUACCCUCCUGACCAUUGCCCUAAAGGACCCCUCCCCGAAGGUACGGGCAGGAUCUCUGCAAGUUCUGUCUGCUCUUCUAGAAGGUUCUCGCCAGUUCCUCUCCACCGCUGAAGAUACCAGCGCACCUCGCCAGGCCUUCACUCCCUUUUCCGCCACAUUAGCUGCCAGUGUCAGAGAGCUGCACCGCUGCUUGCUGCUAGCACUCGUAGCGGAGUCCUCCUGUCAGACACUCACACAGGUCUUAAAGUGCCUUGCUCAUCUGGUGUCCAACGUGCCUUAUAAUCGUCUCAGACCGGGCCUGUUGAGCCCGCUGUGGAAACAGAUCCGCCCAUAUGUGCGCCACAGAGAUGUGAAUGUCCGUGUGUCCAGUCUCACCCUCUUCGGUUCAUUAGUCUCAACACAAGCCCCCCUCCCAGAGAUCCAGCUCCUCCUCCAGCAGCCCGUAUCUACAUCCGCCCUCAGCAUCUCCGGCAUCAGCACUCCGCAGGAGCUCUCUCACAACUGGAGACACCCUGCUCGGAGAGACGGAGAGGCCUCAUCUCCUGGAGGAGGAGUUGAGGGGGGUCCGGAAGGGCCGUGCUGGCUGUUGCAGCUGUGCAUGAACCUGGUCACUCAGCCUCGUGAAGAACCGUACUCUGAUAGUGAUGCUGGGGGGUCUAGUGGAGCACAGCUGGAACCUUCACCCGUCCGACUUGAAGCCCUGCAGGUUUUGGCUCAUCUGGUGAAGGGUUAUUUCUCACUGGCUCAGGCGUCUCUGUUGGAGUUGGGGCAACUCAGUGCUCGCUGUCUCACAGAGCAAGACCCCUCUGUGCAACUUCAUGGCGCUAAACUUCUGGAAGAACUGGGAACAGGCAUUAUCCAGCAGUACAGAGCUGAUGCCAGCACUCCACAAUGCGUGCCAGUGUGUCAGGUGGUUGAGUUCUGGUCAGAGGUCCUGGGUGGUCCACUGAUCAGCGCCUUACAGAACGAGCAGCAUCCCACCCUACAGACCAGCGCAUGCGACACGCUCUCCUCCAUCUUACCACAAGCAUUCAGCCAGCUGCCCAAUAAGACACAAAUGCUGUGUAUCACAAUACUGCUGGGACUGACGUACAGCGAAAACUCCCUGGUAAAGGCGGCAGCAGUGAGAGCUUUGGGUGUAUACAUCCUCUUUCCCUGCCUAAGAGAGGAUGUGAUGUUUGUGGCUGACACGGCUAAUGCCAUCCUCACUGCUCUGGAAGACCGCUCACCCAAUGUUCGUGCAAAGGCAGCCUGGUCACUUGGCAACCUCACCGACACGCUUAUUGUCAACAUGCAAUCAGUGGGGCUGGAGUUUCAGGAGGAGUUCUCCGAUAUGCUGCUGCUGAACAUGCUGAGAUCUGCCACUAAAGCUUCAGGAGAUAAAGACAGGGUAAAGAGCAAUGCUGUCCGUGCACUUGGGAAUCUGCUUCACUUCCUGCAGCCGGUGCACCUGGGAAAGCCUGUGUUUGAGCAGCCUCUGCUGGAGGCCAUGAGGGCUCUGAUAGAUACGGUUAGAGGGGAUGCAACCAUGAAAGUGCGCUGGAACGCCUGCUAUGCACUAGGCAAUGCCUUCAGAAAUCACAACCUGCCUCUGGGUUCUGCUGUUUGGUCUAAGGAAGCUUACUCUGCCCUGUCCUACGUCGUCACGUCCUGCAAGAACUUCAAAGUACGCAUCAAAUCCGCUGCUGCACUUUCUGUUCCAUCAACGCGAGAGCGCUACGGCGACGCUCACCAAUUCGCCGAAGUGUGGCGGGCUUUGGCUCAGGCCCUUGAACACAGUGAAGAAACGGAGGACUUCCUUGAGUAUCGUUACUGUGCUAGCUUACGCUCACAGCUCUGCCAUGCUCUCCUGCACCUUCUGUCCUUAUGUCAGCCUGAUGACCUUCCUGCACUGAGGUCAUCACUGACUGACCAAUCCAGACCAGUGCUACAGGGCUUCCUGGUUCACUACCUUAGCGAUAAGGGCGUGUCUUUGGUUGCUGGGGUCGAUGGUGCUGCAGGGGAGGAAGCUGGGGAUAAUGCGGCACCUGAAGAUGGUUUCGUGGUGCUCAACGAGACGCUGACCAGGCUGAAGGGACAGCUAGAAGAGGCCAUAUUGAGCAGCAGUGAGGAUCUGAAGACUGUGGUGAAUUUCCUUGAGGAUGUAGUGAGGAACUUUGAGGAGAUGAAAGAAUCAGACAGCAAAGAUCCCUCACUUACGCUUUGCAAAUCACCACAGUGAAACUGAAAAUACAGAUGUGUUCAGCUGUAAUGAAGCCAUGUGACAUGACUGUCUAAGGUCGAAAUGCCUUUUAGAUUUUAUUAAAAAUGUAUAUACUGUAUUAAAAUAUAUUUCAAAUCAAAGAUAUUUCUGUUAAGUCUCAAAUUAUGCCUUUAAAGGAAUAGUUCAUCCAAAAAUUAAAGGCAAUCCAAGAUGUAGAGAAGUUUGUUUCUGUUGCUUCAUCAGAACAGAUUCGGAGACAUGUACUUUCUUGGAGAGAUUACUUGCUCUGCUGUGAAUGGGUGCCAUCAGAAUGAGAGUUCAAACAGCUGAUAAAACUGUCAUCAUAAUCCAUAUGACUCUAGUCCAUUAAAUAAUGCCUUGUGAAGUGAAAAGCUGUGUGUUUGUAAUAAACAAGUCUAUCCUCAUUUUAAAAGUCCAUAAUUACGUCCUCGCGGGAGAAUCCCUUGUCCUCUCAUAUCAAAAUGCUAAAUUUCUCCAAAUCUGUUACAAAGAAGAAACAAAUUCAUCUACAUCUUGAAUGCCCUGAGGCUCAGUAGAUUUUCAGCAAACUUACAUUUCUGGGUGAGCUGUCCCUUUAAAACCACUUUCACUUAGUGAUUUGACAAAUAAAAACACAGUUGCAGAUUAUAGACAAAUAAAAAACAUUCUUACUUGUGGACUCAGAAGUUUCUCUUUUUUUUUAGUUGUUGGUUAUAACUUGAUAUGAAAUAUUAACUUAAGAAGGAGAUCAUUCUGAAUGAUUCACGCACACACUUGCUAAGCACGUGUUUUUAGUAAAAUAGCAGCAAGUUAAAAAUUAUUUAUUGUGGGUGGUUUCUGUUUGUUUGCAUUUUUAUUAUACUAAGACUCUUGAAAAAAGAAAAUGACAUAUAAUAACAUGCGGUUU